AUGGACAACAGCGGCAUGAACUACGUAAUCCCACUCAAAUUUAUCUUAGAACAGACGCUGACAUUUAUGCAGCAGGGGAUAAUGAUAGAAGAAGAACAGCUAAUGAAUCUUGCUGUCUGCCCUAUAAUUGUUGGGGACACACAAAGGAAAUCUGCCAUGAAAGAAGAGGAUAAGAAGCUUCCACUGGAAGAGGAAGAGGAGGAGUCAGAGGAGCGAAAGUACGAUGAAGAGGAUGGCACCAGCCCGGACACUCCAUCAUCUCAGUGUGGGGCGGAACCAGGAAGAACUGGCUCCUCUGGCACGCAGGCCAGAAUGGUGACCUGCUGCAGAAGCAGCAGUAGCAGCCAGUUCAUUCUCCUCAACAUCAUGGAGCAGUUUUUCCACGUGCCACGCCAGGCUGAGGCCAUUCAGCAAGCCGACAGCUCCCACCUCCACGCCCAGUUUUUUGCCUACCUAAACUUUGGACAGUCUCUGGUGCAUACCCCAUUUCCUGGCCCCAUGGAUUUCUGGGCAUCUAGACUGGAACAGAAGGCAUCUAGACUGACCCCUAGAAGAAGGUGUUUUGCCAAAAUACCGUCUCUUCAUUUAGUGAGACAUCUCCUGGUCUUCAUGUUCGCCAUAGAAGAAAUAAACAGAAGAUCUGACCUCUUACCUAAUAUUACUCUGGGAUACAAGAUCUUUGACUCCUGUGUGUUAGAACAUAAAGCUGUACAGAGUGCACUGAGUAUACUGUCAGGACGAAAAGAAGCCGUCCCCAACUACAGCUGUGAUGAGAAGAACAAAGUGGUGGCUUUUAUUGGACACUUGACAUCCUCCUCCAGUCUGUCCAUAGCAGAGAUAACUGGGAUCUAUGGAUAUCCUCAGAUCAGCUAUGGAGCAAUGGAUCCUGUCUUCAGUAACAAACUCCUUUUCCCUUAUUUUUAUCGCACAGUCCCUGAUGGGUCCACUCAGUAUGAAGCCACAGUUCUCCUACUGAAGCAUUUUGGCUGGAGCUGGGUGGGGAUGGUGACAGCAGAUGAUGAGAGCAGCCAACGAGCCAGCAUGGAGCUCUACAAUGUAAUAACACGGAGCGGGCUCUGCAUAGCUUAUAGAGAAUCUGUCAAAGAUCUUCCUUCUUUCAUACAGUCUAUGGCCUACAAGAAGGUGUUCUAUAAAAUACAAAAGACCUACUGCAACGUGAUCAUAUUUGUUGGUAACUCAUAUGGCUUAUUGUCAUUGGACUCGCUAUUGUCUGAUGACUUCAAUCCUCGGAAAGUUAUUAUCAUGCUCUCACUUAUUUUUCCUGACAAAUUAAUCAUGCUUACUGCAUUGCAAGGAUCUUUGCAGCUCACCCUUCAAAAAGGAAGAAUUCAAGGGUUAAAGGAAUAUUUACUCACAGCCGGUCCUCUAAAAAAUUCGGGGCUUGAGAUAAUGUUUGAUGAAUGGGAAUAUUUAAAUUUUAAUUGCACCUUAAGCAAUGAUUAUUCUUACUAUAGACCAUGUGAUGAAAGAGAUGUUCUAGGUAAUGUGGAUCGCUCCCUGUAUGACGUAGACAAUUUCCGUUACACAUUCAGUGUGUACUCUGCAGUGUAUAUUGUGGCUUAUGCCUUACAUCAUCUGAUCUACUCGCAUAAAGGACAAGAACAUCUCCAGUUAUUUAACAUCCAACAUUUACAGGACGCAUGGAAGACACCGCGCUCCGCCUGUAGUGAGAGUUGUCUGCCCGGACACAGGAAAGUCCCACUGGAAGAAAAACAGAAAUGCUGCUACUACUGUGCCCCCUGUGCAGAAGGCGAGAUCUCCAACCAGACUGAUAUGGAAACAUGUCUAGAGUGCCCUAAAGAUUACUGGUCAAAUGGAAAAAGAGAUUCCUGCGUUCCAAGACCGAUUGAAUUCCUGUCUUAUUUAGACAUGCUGGGGUCAUCUCUAAUUAUUAUAAAUCUUACAUUUUGUCUUGUGACCAUCUUUGUGUUAUGGAUGUUUAACAAAAAAAAGGACUCUCCAAUUGUGAAAGCCAAUAACCAGAAUCUCAGUUUUAUACUUCUCUUCUCCCUCAUUUUGUCCUUUCUCUGCCCUCUAUUAUUCAUUGGACGUCCCUCAGAGAUGUCCUGUCUCCUCAGACAAAUGGCUUUUGGAAUCAUUUUUAGUCUUGCAGUUUCUUCAGUCUUAGCUAAAACGGUCACUGUAGUCUUGGCUUUUCGUGCUAUUAAACCAGGCAGGACAAUGAGACAGUGGUUGGGGAGACAUCUGUCCACAUCAAUACUCAUUACUGGUACAAUAGGAGAGGUUGUGAUCUGUGUCUUCUGGUUGUCUUUCUCUCCACCAUUCCCAGAUCAUAACACUGAGAUAGAGAUUGGAAAGAUAAUCUUACAAUGUAAUGAGGGAUCUGCUAUUGCUUUCUACUUGGCCAUUGGCUACAUUGGAUUUCUGGCAAUGAUGAGCUUUAUUGUAGCCUUCUUGGCCAGGAAACUUCCAGACACCUUCAAUGAGGCUCAGUACAUCACCUUCAGCAUGGUGGUCUUCUGCAGUGUGUGGAUCUCCUUCAUCCCGGCCUAUCUGAGCACCAAGGGGAAAUACAUGGUGGCUGUGGAAAUUUUUGCCAUCACAUCCUCCAGUGCUGGACUUCUGGGCUGUAUCUUCAUUCCCAAAUGUUACAUUAUUCUACUGAGACCAGAACUGAACAUAAAAUCUAGUUUAUAUUUUGGACAAGCAAAACAAUAA